AAGCUCAAGGACAUCUGGGAGGGCAGGAGGAACAGCUUAGAGUGCGUCUCAGUGUGGCGCAGCACCUCUCCAUCGCCACGUCUCGCAGUUGCCCAGAUGAGGAGUUGGACGGCUCAGCAAGUACUGCCAUGCUGCUGACGCUGGACGUGAAAUUGGACGUGGCCUGGUGGGGCUGCGUCAGUGCCAUCCUCGCCUCGCUGCUUCAUCUUCUGGGCCUGCUCCCCUUCACUGCUGUGUUCCUCACUGCCUGGGUCAUUGCCUCCGCCGCCUGCAUCCUGAUGGCCUUCCUCGAAGUGUUCACGGCGGGCAAGGCCGUACUCAUCACCGGCUGUGACUCAGGCUUUGGUUUUGCCCUCGCUAAACACUUAGACUCACUGGGGUUUCGUGUGGUGGCAGGCUGUCUGGCUCAGGACGGGGAAGGGGCCAAGCAGUUGCGGGCCUCUGCCUCGCCCCGCCUCCACACCAUCCAGUUGGACAUCACUUCCGUGGACGAGGUGCGCCACGCCGUGCAGGAGGUGGAGGCCCUCAUCCCUGAGGGAGAGGUGUUGUGGGGACUUGUUAACAACGCCGGGCUUUCCACCUUUGGGGAAGUGGAGUGGGUACAAGAACACACUUUCAGGAAGAUAUUAGAAGUGAACUUGAUGGGCAUGGUGACUGUGACCAAGGCUUUCCUGCCACUAAUAAGGAAAGCCAAAGGACGAGUGGUAAACGUGUCCAGCAUGUACGGCAGGAUGGGCAACGUGAGGCGAUCACCUUACGUGCUGUCCAAGUACGCCGUGGAGGGCUUCACAGACUGCCUCAGGCAGGAGAUGCGGUCGUGGGGCGUGGCCGUCAGUCUCAUCGAGCCGGGCAACUAUAUAGCAGCCACGAAUGUCUUGACGGACGACAAAGUGAAGGGGCACGGGAAGGCAAUGUGGGAUGGAAUGAGUCAAGAGGUGCGGGAAGCCUACACACAACAGUACUUUGAUGCUACCGUGGAGAACCUGCUCACCUUUGCACAUGCCGGGUGCCGUGACGUGACCGCUGUGGUGGAGGCCAUGACCAGUGCCCUCACUCAAGCCUCGCCCCGUGCCCGCUACAUGCCCAUAGACGCAGCCAACUACCUUAGGCUAUUCAUCAACACUCACCUCCCUGAGUACUUCUACGACACCUUUUGCACCUCCACCGCGUCCCACCACCCCACAGCCUCCUCCUAGAGUCACGGGUCAUGUUGUUCUUUGUUCUCAUUACUCAUUAUAUUCCUUGAAUUAUUGUCUGUUAACAAACUCUGGUUCUAAGAAGGCGUUAUGAGAUGACACUUUGCAGGAUCAGUGACACUUAGAAUGUUCUCCUUCUGCCAGAUCGAAGUGUGAAGUGUCCAGUGUUUCAUUUUCUGCUGACACUCAUGCUGUGCUAGUUUUACGGUAAUGGCAACACUAAGAAACAUUGUUGUAUGCUAGAAUUUGAUUUUCUUUGAAAAAUUCAAUAGGAUAUUAAAAAUAGUGUGAAGUUGUGUGGCUGUGAAGUCAAAAUACCAGACAAAAUCAUUGUAAUUUACAUUUUUUAUUCUUUGCUCCACGUUUAUAUGUCGUAAUGAGGAAUCAAAAGACGAAGCCUUAA